UUAAAGCCGGGAUGGAUGGUUAUGGGAAUGAAGAUUUGAGCAAGGAGGAUCAGAGGAGAUCAGUGAAAGAGGAGUCUGCAAGGGGACAACGUGAAGACAAAGUAAGAGGAGUCUGCAAGGAGACAAUGUGA